GUCUCCAGAUGCUGAGCCCCCGCGCGCUGGCCGGGCUGGGCAUCGCGCAUUUCGCCGGGGCGUUCCUGGGCCAUUUCGCGGCGCAGCCCGCCCCCCUGGUGCCGGAGGAGGCGCCUGGGACCAGCCCCGCGGAGGCGGGGGUGGACAGCGGCGCCGCGGCGUCGCGGGACCUCCAGCAGGUGCUCGGCACGCUGCAGGAGGCGCUGGGCGACUGCCUGGCUUCGCGGGCGCCUGUGUGCCCGAGCCCCUGCCCCGAGUGCCGCUGCGACUGCGGGGCCGGGGCUUCGGCGUCGCCAGGCUGGUGGCGCGCGGCCCUUGAGCUCGUGGUGGGGGCCGCCGUGCUCCUCGCCCUCGAGUUCUUCCGCGGGCUGCUGGGCUGGGCCCGCCGGGCCAUCUCCUGCGCGAGCCGUUCGUCGGCCCUGCCCGCGUCGAGGCGGCCAGUAUCGAUGAAUGUUGGGGACGAGAUUUGGGUUGAGUACGAUGUCGAUCCUCCCCUUCUUCAUGCUCGGCUUCUUCUGGUGGGCUCGUCUCGCACCCCGGGCGCCUUCUCUGUGCUCACUCCCGACAUGGACGUGUAUGUCGAGGAGUACACGCCCGCGAACACCGACUUGCGGGGAUACUAUCUCAAGCAGCCUCGAGGUGUCGGAGCCCUGGCGGUGGCAGCGCCUGGGGGACGAGGGCACUAUGACGUCGCCCACCUCCCGACCGCGCCGCAGAUGGUCGGGGUGCUCCAGGAGGCGCAGGUGGCCAUGGCGUGUUUCGAGGGCGGCGGUGCAGGAGGCGUGGGUGCAGGCGGCGGGGCUGCUGGAGGGCUGCUGGGUGCCGGCGUGGCCGCGGGCCUGCCCGCCGCCUUGGGCGGUGGCGGAGCCGCCGCCGGCGCAGCACCCCUUGCCCUGCAGGGGCCCGCCGGGGCCGGCGCCGCGGGCGCCCCUGGCGCGGCAGCCGGCGCGGGCGGCGCCGCGGGCGUGGCCCCUGCCGGCGCCUUG